AUGAACGGGAACUAUGCAAACGGUUGGAAGCACAAAUUCGUAAGCUUUGUUUUUUCGUGUUUUUUUCUAUGAUCUUUUGAAUUUUUCGUCCAAGUUUUAUGAAAUAAUUUUUCAAUAUGUUUGGUCAACUGAGCGGUUCUAAAAUAUGAAAUUUUUUUCGAAAAUUCUUUUUUUGAGCCUUAAAGUAAGGUACCGAAAUUUCCAAGUUUCUUUUUCUACUUUUAAAUUUUCUCAGAGGCUUUGUAACCUCAAAUCAAACGCCCAUAACACCGGGAAAUCUGCCAAACCUUGGGAUGAUGAUCUUUUUGGCACCUAAUUAUCGCAUUAACCUAAGAAGGGGCGGAGAUCCUUCGAAAAUUGCUCUUUUUCUCAUUUCCUAUCUUAUUUUUGUUUUCAGUUACUCAUUUUGACUUAUUUAUUUUUAAUUAUAUGUUUCAUUUUUCUUUUUCACGUUUCACACAUGUAAAAAAAUCGAAAAAGAACCAAAUUUUUGGGAUUAUCUUAAUAUUUUUUUGACGGAAAAAAACGCCUAUUAUUGUUUGAAACUUUCUAAUAAGCCUUUUUAAAAAUGCGAAUUUCAUUAUUUUUCAACUUCAUAUUUGUCUUAAGAAUAAUAUUUCUCUUCAAUCUUGAUUUAUGGAUUUUUCUAAGGUUUAUUUUUUUCGACGUCUAGCUUUUUUUGAACCUUUUAUAAUUUUGAAAAGAACCUAAGAACCUAAAAAAACACAAAAAAACAUCAAAAUGUAUCGUCCCAUUGUUAUCAUUUCCACUUUCUUCGUUUUUCUCGAAAGCUUUUUUUCGGCCUCCCGCUCUCAAAAAUUCACUUUUUUUCCUUUUUUUCAAAUUUGUUCAAAAAAACUCAGAAUUUUAAAAAUUUUUUUAUACUUUUUCUAACCUUUUUUUCGCUUUUUUUCAACACCUAGAAGCAUCAAAAUUGGCUUUCCAAACAUUCAAAAAACCGAAAAAUUGACGAAAAAGCGCCAAUAAGUGGUAUUUUUUGACUUCUAGGUUUUUUUUUGAACUAUUCAUAGCUUCGAAAAGAACCUAAAAAUCUAAAAAACACGAAAAAAAAUUAGAAAUUCACUUUUUCCUCGUUUUCAAGCUCAAAUUUGUUCAUCAAUUUCAAAGUUUUCGGUUUUUUUCAUAACUUCUAGCUUUUUUUUUUGAAGCCUUUAUAACUUCGAAAAGAACUAAAAAGUCCCUCUGUUGUCAUUUUUCACUUUUUUUCUUUUUCUCGAAGUCUCUGAUACUCUUGAGCUUUCAAAAAUUCAACCUUACCUCUUUUUUUAAGCUCAAAUUUGUUCAUCAAGUGCGGAAUUUUUCGAUUUAUUUUGAUAAUUUUUUUCUAAAUUUCACAUGCUUUUUUUCAACAUCUGGGAUCAUCAAAAUUGCCUUUCCAAACAAUCAAAAACCGAAAAAAAUUGGCGAAAAAAAGCGCCAAUAAGUGGUAUUUUUUUGACUUCUAGGUUUUUUUGAACUGUUCAUAGCUUCGAAAAGUAUCUAAGAACCUGAAGAAGUUCGAAAAAAAAGUUAAAAAUUCAAUUUUUCCUCUUUUGCAAGCUCAAAGUUGUUCAGAAAGAUCGAAAAUUUUCGAUUUUUUUCAUAAUUUUCUAAGUUUCACAUGCUUUUUCAACACGUAGAAGCAUCAAAAUUGCCUAUCCAAACAAUCAAAAAACCAAAAAAUUGGCGAAAAAGUCAUUUUUUGACUUAUUUUUGCUUUUUUUUUUUGAAGCCUUCAUAACUUCGAAAAGAACCUAGGAACCUGAAAUGAAAUACGAAAAAAAUCGUAAAAACUUGAAUAUUCAGAUAUUUAUCAAUAAAUGUCCCAUUUUUAACCAUUUUCAUUAAAAUUUUCCUCUUUUUCAAGCUCAAAUUUGACCGAAAGCUCAAAAUUUUCAAUUUUUUCAUAAUUUUUUCCGUUUUCGCAACACCUAGAAGCAUCAAAAUUGCCUUUCCAAACUAUCAAAAAACCCAAAAAAUUGGCGAAAAAAGUGCCAAAACGUUGGUAGGACGAUCACUUGGCACCUAAUUAUCGGAUUGCCCAAAAAAAGGGGGGCAAAGAGCCAAGAACGCUUUCCUCCCAUACAUACACACACACACACACACACACGCCACAGCUAAUAGACUAUCCAUCUCUCGUUUUUCCUCUCGUCGUCUGGCGCCCUCUCCGCCAUCCCACACUCUCUCUCUCAAUAGCCACCACCAACUUGGCCUCGGUGUGCGUUUUUUUCUCCCCCCUUUUUUUGCGCCUUCCUCUGUGUUCUAACCUCCUUUGCGUGUACCUCCUCCUCCUCCUCCUUUGCUUUCUUUUUCCUUGAAGUAGGAAAAAAAAAGACGCGCCAAAUUCGCGUCGAUACUACUGGUGGUGGCUUGGAGCGCAAAUUGGCAAUUUUACCUCCUCAUCCUCUUCUCUUCCUUCGGCCUCCUUCUCACUCAGCCCUUUUCUCCAUCCAUUGUCUUGUUUUGAGAAGUCUGGCUUUUCUCCGAAAAUUUUCCGGCUUGAUUGCCGCUCUUUUUUGUCUAAUUCUGUUGUAUUUUAAGGCCUUAAGUUGAUGAAUUUGGUUGGAGCUUACACUGAACUCAUUAUUGCCUGAAUCUCCUCACUGUAGAGCUUGAAAAUCCGACUUUUUUGCUCGAAAUUUGGCUUGAUUUCGGUCUUUUUCGUCAUUUCUGGGGUUUUUUAAGGCUCUAAUUGAAUAAUUUCGAUUGGAGCUUUCAAAAUCUCCCUCUGAACUCUUCAUUGCCUGGAAAUAUAGACUAUGGAGCUCGAAAAACUGACUUUUCUGCUUGAAAUUUGACGAUUUGGUCUCUUUCGCCAUUUUUGGGUUUUUUUGAGGCUCUAAUUGAAUAAUAUUGAUUGGAGCUUUCACUGAACUCGUUUUCAGUUGAAAAUUUUCACUGUAUAUCUUGAAAAUGCUUAAAAUUUGUUCUUAGCUCAUUUCUGCUUGGAAAUUCCACUUGAUUCCGACUUUUUUUGCUCGAAAUUUGGCUUGAUUCGUCGAUUUUUGUGAUUUUUCAAGGCUUGAGCUAGAUGAAAACAACUUUUGCCUCCAAAAUAUCAUGAUAUGCUUAGUUUUUGAAUUUAAAUUUGAAAAUCCAACCGUUUGCUCGUUAUUCUUUCUAGAUUGCUGCCUUUUUCUGUCCGAAUUCGUCUAAUUUCAGGGUUUUUUAGGGCUUGAGCCAGAUAAAUCCGAUUUUCGCUCUCAGAACAACAUGAUAAGUUCAUUUUUUCGAUCUGAAAUACUUUUGAAAAAUGAAAAUCCGACGUUUUUGUUUGAAAUUUGGUCGCUUUUGCUUUAUAACUGCGAAUUUCUACAGUUUUAGGCAUUUUUGCAAGAUCUGAAGCUAAAAAAUACAUUCCCUGACUUCAAAUUUACUCUUUAUAUUCAUUUUUUGGUUAGGAUUUCCAUCCUUUUUCUGAAAAAUUGUUUUUUUCUGCGUCAAAUCUGGAAAAUUCUUUAGUUUUUGGUCCGAUCGGAAACCUUUUCCAGCUUUGAAGCUUUGAAGACCUGCAUUUUUUGUUUGGAAUUAAGCUUUGGAUGUUUUUUAGUUAGAAAAUUGUCUUUUACGGAGUUCUCUGUUCAAAAUUUGACUUGGAAAUCUCUUUUUAGUGUAUUUUUUUAUUCCUAAAUGUCUCAAUUAGCUAAUUAAAUGAGCCUAAUUCCUCUACUUACUAUUUCUGUUCUUUAUUCGAUUAUUUAAUUAAAAAGAGCUUUUUUUCUUUAUUUAGGUCUAAAUUUAAGCUUUUUGGAAUCUAGAAUUCGAAAAAAAAGGUUGGAAAUGAGAUUUUAUCACCGUUUUCUCACGAUAAACCCAAUUUUUUUAACGAUCCAAUCUUGUUCUAACCUUUUUCUCCCACGGUUUAGGAGGAAAUAUGGGAGAAUCAACGUUUUUUUAGUUUAUUUAAUAGUCGAUUUUAUGCUUUUUUUAUAGUUGAUUUUUUUGAAAAAAAUAUAUCAUUUUAGGCUCUGAAAUUUAUGAGUUUCAUGCUUUUCUGUCGCAAAUUUUGCUGGAAAACUUCAAAUUUUCUCAUUUUUUGACCUCAAAUGGAAGCUUUUGGUUGAUUUUUGAAAAAAAACAUGAUUUUAGGCUCUGAAAUUUUUGAGUUUCAUGCUUUUCUGUCGCAAAUUUUGCUGGAAAACUUCGAAAAAUGUCAAUUUUCUCAUUUUUUUGAACUCAAAUGGAAGCUUUUGAUGGAAAUUCCUGAAAAUAAUAGAUUUUUAGACGCCUGAAUUUUUUUGAUUUUUCUGUUUUUCUGUUGCAAAUUUCACUGGAAAUCUUCAAAAAACGCCAAUUUUCUCAUUUUUUGACCUCAAAUGGAAGCUUUUGGCUGAUUUUUGAAAAAUGCAUGAUUUUAAUCAUCGAAAUGUUCAAAUUUCAUCGUUUUUCUGUUGUAAAUUUCACUGGAAAUCUUCAAAAAAAGCCAAUUUUUCUCUUUUUUUCUGAAUUUUUUUGCUGGGAAACUUUAAAAAUUGUCAUUUUUUUGACCUUAAAUGGAAGCUUCUGGCUGAUUUUUUUGAAAAAAAUGCAUGAUUUUAAUCAUCGAAAAUUUUUGAUUUUUUUCUGCUUUUUCUGUCGCAAAUUUCACUGGAAAACUUCAAAAAGUGCUAAUUUUUCUCAUUUUUUUGACCUCGAUUAGAUGCUUUUUCGUUGAAUUUCAUAAAUAUAUGUGAUUUUUAGGCUCCAAAAUUUUUUUGAUUUUUUUAUGGUUUUCUGUUACAAAUUUCACUAGAAACCCUCAAAUUUUUUCAUUUUUUGACCUCAAAUUUGAAAAAGAAACCUAUCCAAUUUCCUCAAUUUUUCCGUUUUCAAUCAAAAAUUCAGCUUUUGAAAAGCUCAGAACGUAUCAAUUUUUCAUGGCAAUUUUCUCGAUUCUCUCUCCAAUUUCCAUCUGUGAAAUGGGAAUUUUAUCGACGCCAUGGAGCUAAUUUGCCAUUUCGACCUCAUUUUCUUCGCCGUCUUCUCAGAAAAACAGCCUUUUUUCCCUUCCUCGCCGCCUCGAAAGCAUUGCUAAUUAAUCAGGAAUUUUCUCGUUUUUUCGGAUUUUUAAUAGGUUUUUUGACGAGAAAACUGCGAUUUUUGGAUAAAAAAUCAAAAAUUUGCUGAUUUUUUGAAGAUUCCAAGUCCAGAUAGGCCUAUUUUUCAUCAAAAUUUUAUUUUUAAUUCUGAUUUUUUGAAUUUUCACUCGAAAGUCUGUAAAUAUCAAUUUUGAUUUUUUUGAAUUUUAUAUUGAAAUUUUUUUCAGUUUCAUGAGUUUUUUUAGACAAGGAACACUUGACUUUUUGAUUAAAAUUAGCUUUUUUUGAAGAUUCCAAAUUAGGCUUAUUUGUAUGGAAGUUUUUUUAAAUUUCAAGUUCGAUUUUUUUCGAUUUUUUUAGUCAAAAAUUUUUUUCAUGAUAAAUCUUUUUUUGUGCGUUUCAGGGUCAUAUCAUCAUUAUAAUUAUCAAAUUAUCAUUCAAUUUCAUAUUUCAAUAUAUUUAAUUCAAUAAAAAAAUCAUUUAAAAGUAUAUUUUUCAACAUUUUUUUGAGCUAUUUACAUUUCCAAUUUGAAAAUUUUUAUCAAGAAUUUUUUUGUUUUUGCAUUUUUGAGUCCAUUUUCUUUCUAUUUCUGUUCUUUUUCAUCAAUUUUCCUUUCAAUUAAUCAAGAAAUUGAGUUUUCAAAUAGCUUUAAAUUGAAUUAUGGCUCUAAUCAGUUCAUUUUUUUCAUAAUUAAUUAAUCAUUUUUUUGCAGACUGGCAUUAAGCCAAUGAAGCCGGCAUUCAUGGAGCACCUUGAGCGGCUCAAGGAGGAGUACAGCGUCAUGAACCAUCAACUCUCCCAACAAAGGGUAAUUUUUCUUGGUUUCAAGGGGUUUUUUUUUGAAUUUUGGUCGAAAAAACGACAGGAAAAUCGGAAAAAUUCGCUUUUUUUCUGAAGUUUUCGAAAAUUCCUCAUGUUUUGGUUGGAUUUUGAAAAAAUAAUUGAGAAAAAGUCAAUUUUUAGUGAAUUUUUGGUCGAUUCGGUGGUUUAUUUUGAAAAAUAGGACUAUUGAAAAAAAUGGAUAUAUGUUUUUUUAUACCUGUAAUUUUUUUCCAUAAAAAGUGAUUUUUUUCGUGUUUUUUUGGUAGAAUUCAGUCGAAAAAAACGACAGGAAAAAUUGGAAAAAAAUGGCUUUUUUUCGGUAGUUUUCAGAAAUUCCUCAUGUUUUUGGCUGGAUUUUGUACUUUUUUUAGCGUUUUUUUGGUCGAUUUGGAGGUUUAUUUUUGAAAAAAAUAUGAUUAUUGAAAAAAAUGGAUAUAUGCUUUUUUUAUACCUGUAAUUUUUUCAAUAAGAAGGAUUUUUUUCGUGUUUUUUGGUGGAUUUUUGGUCGAAAAAAACGACAGGAAAAUCGGAAAAAAAAUGGCUUUUUUUCUGGAGUUUUUCGAAAAUUCCUCAUGUUUUGAUUGGAUUUUUGUAGGGAUAAUUGAGAAAAAAAUCUACUUUUUCCGGUGAUUUUUUUGGUCGUUUUUUUCAGUUUUUUUGUAGUUUCUGUGGUUUUUUUAAAAAUUUUUUUCGGAAAAAAACUGUAAAAUUUCACUUUUUUUGGGGUUUUUUUGGUCGAUUUUACAGUUCCUUGAGCCGAUUUGAAAGUUUAUUUUUGAAGAAUAGAACUAUUAAAAAAAUAGAUAUUCGCUUUUUAUACCUGUACUUUUUUCAAUAAGAGUGAUUUUUUUCGUAUUUUUUGUUGAUUUUGGUCGAAAAAACGACAGGAAAAUCGGAAAAAAAUGGCUUUUUUCUGGAGUUUUCGAAAAUUCCUCAUGUUUCGAUUGGAUUUUGUACUUUUUUUAGUGAUUUUUUUGGUCGAUUUCGAAGUUUUUUUGAGUCCAUUUGGAGGUUUAUUUUUGAAGAAUAGGACUAUUAAAAAGAAGCAUAAAUGUUUUUCAUACCUGUAAAUUUUUCAAAAAGAGUGAUUUUUCUUGUUUUUUGUGGAUUUUGGCCAAAAAAACGACAGGAAAACUGGAAAAAAUGGCUUUUUUUGGUGGUUUUCAUGUAAUUUUUGGAUUUUGUAGUGAUAAUUUUUUAAAAAAUCGUUUUUCCGGUGAUUUUUGAGUUGUUUUGAAGGUUUUUUUCAAACGUAGGGUAUACUUUUUUUGUUAUAAUAUUUCAUUUUUAAUCGAUAAAUCAAGAGUUAUUUUUUUCAAAUUUUUGUUGAUUUUUCGUGAAGAAAACCAAGUAAAAAAAUCCUUUUCUUGGUCGAUUUUUGGAGCUUUUUCUCGAAAAAUCAUGACUUCCUGUUUCAACAAAAUCUUAAAUAUUCCAAAAAUUUUAUUUUGAUCAUUCGUGCAGGUGUUUUUUUGUGCUGUUUUUUUGUUGGAUUUUGGUCGGAAAACCGUUUUUUUGGUGGUUUUUUUCAGAUUUUUUUGAGCCUUUUUGACUUGAAUCAUGACUUGCUGUUUCAACAGAGUUUGAAAUAUUUCAAUAUUCAAUUUUUUGAUAAGAUCAUUGUUUUUUUGCGAGAAUUGACCAUUUUUUUCAUGAGUUUUCGAGAUUUUUUUCUCGUUUGUGACUUUUUUGAAAAAUAUUCCUUGGUUUUUUUCUUCUUUUUAAUGUUUUUUUAAAAAGCUUAUUAUUGAUUAAUGAUAAAUAUUUUUUUGUGGAAAAACUCAGGGAAAAAAACCAAAAAAAUUUCAGAGAAAAUGACUUUUUUUGUGUUUUUCAUAGUCAUUUUUUUAAGCCUUUUUGAGGCCUUCUUUUUGAUUUUUCAGCUUGUUUUUUUCUUUAAUUUCCAUUUUAGGUGUUAUUUUUAAAGUAGAGAAUCUUUUUUUCAACCAAUUUUUAGAAAAAUGAAAAAAAGUGAUUUGCAAAAAAAUAUUUUUUUCUGGUCAUUUUUUUGAGCUAUUUUUUUGUAAUAAAUCGAUUUUUUUCUUAUUUUUUUGUUGGUUUUUUUCGAUCAAAUUUAUAAGAAAAUGUAGGACUUUUUUUGAGAUUUUUCUGUUAAAAAAAUCGUCCUUUCCGCCUUGAUUUUUUUGGAUUUAAGUUAACGGAAAAUAUAUUUUUUUCAAUCAUUUUAUGCUCUUUUUUUAAAAAUAUUCAAUUUUUUUCCAAUUUUUUUCAUUUCUAUCCUCAAGUUCCGCUCCGAAAAAAAUUGAAAAAAACACGAAAAUCCUCCCAUUUUUCGGAUAAAGCUGCCUUGAAAAAAAUUAUUUUUCCCUCUCCUCAAACAAAGCUUUUAUUUGCCAACGCUUCAAUUGUUCAAAUUAUUCAUUUCGUCGAAAAAAAAGACGGAGAAAAUGGUAGUUUGAAUGCUUAUCCAGGCCCGAAUAAACCGCCCAUUCUUUUGAUUAGACUUUCGAUCCGUCUUAGACGCCUUGUCGAAAAAUUCAUGUUGAUUUUCGUCAAGCUUUUUUGGCUUAUCCCCAUGCUGACGAUGGAAUUAGGCUGGCCCGGAUUUGGUCGUCACGGAUUUUCCGGGAGAGAGAAAAAAUCAAAAUUUGAUGGGACAAGGGCAGAAAUUAACAGUUUUGGGGGUUUUUGAAGGAUUUUUAGGGUUUUACGUCUAAGUGGCCAUUAUAGUGGCCGAAUUAGAGGCCCCCAAAUGAAUAAAACUUAGUGGCCCCUUUAGAAGCCUAAGUAGUACUAUUACCCAGUAAAAACACUAUAGUGGCCCCUAAGAGGAGAAGGUGGCUGGCCCGGAUUUUGUCGUCACGGUUUUUCCGGCAAAUUUUGGGAGAAAAUCAAAAUUUUAAUGGGACCAGGGCGGAAAUUAGCAGUUUUUGGUGAUUUUGAAGGAUUUUUAGGGUUUUACGUCUAAGUGGCCAUUAUAGUGGUCGGAUUAGAGACCCUUUAAGUGAAUAAAACUUAGUGGCUCCUUUAGAAGUCUAAGUGGUACUACUUGGACAGUAAAACUACUAUAGUGAUCACUUUGGCUUUCCUAGUGCUGAAUAAAGAAUUUUUAGAGGCCUCUUCAGGGUUUUUGUUGGGCCAAUCCCUCUAGUGACCACUCUAGCGUUCCUGAGCGGAAGGAAUAGUUAAAACGCCACUAUAGGGACCACAUAAGGAUCAGGAUUCUGAGCUUUUAUAAAGACCAUUUCAAUUUUGCUUCUCUAGGACCACUACAACUCCAAUUCAAGCCCCCCCUCCCCUCCAUAGGGACCAAUUUAAGCCCCCCUAAUAGAAACCACUUCAAGCGCCCCUCUCCUAGGGACCAGUUUAAGCCCCCUCCCCGAUAGGGACCACUUAAGAAUAAGGGGCUCAGAAUCUUUAACCCUUUUAAUGAUCUCAAAAUAAAGUCGAAAAUCAAAAAAAUAUAUAUAAGUUGCAGCUUAAUGUGUUGAAAAUUCUGUUUUUCAGGAUUUUUUUGAUUUUUUUUCAGGCGGAGCUCGACAAAUUGAACGCCGAGAAGGAGAAUAUGCAGCGAACCUACUACAUGUACUACGAAAUGUCGAAUCAAAUGACCGCCGAAAUGCAAAAACAGCAGGAACUGUGCAAACGAUACACCAGUAUUAUUCAAUCAGUGAGGAAAAAUAUUCAGUUUCAGAAUAUCCAUUUUUUUCCAGUUAUUACCUUAUCUACCGCCAGAGCAUCAGUCGAAUGCGAUGAAUGCACUGGAAAGAGCCAAGCAGGUUUGGAAUUUUUGUAAAAAGCAUGUGCGCUCCAAGGAUAAAAUGUUGAAAAUUCGAUUUUUUGCGAUUGAAGAAGCUUAAGAUAUUAGCAAAAAAGUGAAGGAUUCAAAAAAUAAUUUGAAAAAUAGCAUUUGCGCUCCAAGGAUAAAAAUUUGAAAAAUUCGAUUUUCGCGCUUUUUCAGCUUAUACACUUGUUGAUGCAAAAAAAAUAAAUCUUUGAAAAAUUAUUCAAAAACCAGUCGCUAAUACAUGUGCGCUCCAAUGACAAAAAAUUGAAAAUUUCGGUUUUUUCUGAUUUUUUGCAAUAAAGCUCAAGAUAUUAGCAAAAAAUUGGAAGAUAAUUUAAAAAAUAGUUCAAAAAUUAGCUGAGAAACAUGUGCGCUCCAAGGAUAAAAUUUUGGAAAAUUCGAUUUUCGCCCCGAUUUUUUCUCAGUAUCUCAUAAACUCCACAAAGUUUCAGAUAUAAGCAAGAAAAAACGAAUUAAUUUCGUAAAAAAAUAGUUCAAAAAAAUUAGCUACCAACGCAUGCGCGCUCAAGGAUAAAAAAAUUUCGAAAAAAAUUCGAUUUUUCGCUCCGAUUUUUCUCUCAGCAUCUCAUUAACUCUACAAAGUUGCAAAUAUUAGCUAAAGAGUUGAAAAACGAAAUAAUUGUUAGAAAAAAAUAGUGAAUAAAUUAGCUGCAAAAGCAUGUGCGCUCCAAGGAUAAAAAUAGAAAAAAUUGAUUUUUGCUCCGAUUUUUGUGCAGAUUUUCAUAGGCUUUUUGUAGCUUCAGAUUUUAGCGGAAUGAAGAUGAAAAAAUGCUAGACGGAAGAAAAAUCUUUUUAAGAGUGGGUAUAAAAAAAAUUGAAAGCAAAUGCGCUCCAUGGCUAAUUUUCCAAAAAAAGCGAUUUUACGGGUCAUUUUUUCUCAUCUUUUCAUGCAUGUCACAAAUAUUCCGUUUCUAGCCAAAUACAAGAAAUUAAAAAUGGAGGAAGUCCACAAAAAUCAUUUUUGAAAGGGAAAAUUGCAGGUGAGCGCGCAGGAGAUCAACCAGAUGAUGGCCGGCGGCGGGAUGCAGCAGAUGAUGUUCCCGGGGAUCGCCCAACUCGCCGGACUCCCUCCCGCGAUGGCCAACUUCUCGCAGAUGAACGCGAUGAUGGCCGCCGCCGCGCAGCAACAGGCCGCCGCCGCCAGAAGCGCCUCAGAGAACAUCUCCGUCGACAUGAAGAGGGACGCCAGCAGUCGACAGUCCACGUAGGGAUUCUGGAGUUUUUUCAAAAGUUGGGAGAAGCGGCAGAAGCCUCGGAAAUACGGCCUGAAGUUGAUGAAAAUGUCGAAAAAUGGUGACUUCAGUGAUCGGGUCCCCGUAGGAUCUUCAGGAUUCUGUAAAAAUUAAGAAGAAGCUUCAGGGAAGGCCCUGGAGUUGACAAUACAUAAUGAAAAUGUCGAAAAUAUAAAUGCCAGUUGUCGGGAGUCUACCUAAGAAUUUAGAGGUUCCGUUAAAAAUCAAGAAAAAAAUAGCAGAAGCUUUAGGGGGGCAGCUUGAAGUUCAAGAAACAAUGAGACAAAAAAAAUGCCUAAUUUUCAAAAUCUCAGGUAAAUUUGAAUUUUUCGAGGCCCCAGCAUUAGACGGUUCACAUAGAGCUUUAAAAAGGGUUGAGAAGAAGGGACACAGAAGUUUUGGAAGAGACCUUAGAGGCCUUGAAAAUCUAGAUUACUUUCGCAAAUGUUGAGAAAUGUCCACGUGGAGCAUUUGGAAUUCCGCCAAAAACUGAAGAAAAAUUCAAUUUGAAUAAAUGGGCAUAAGCUUUGGGAGGAGACACUUUAGCGAUGUAACCAGUUUUAAAUUUUUAGGCUGAUUUUGAAAAUGUCCGAAAAUGUGGACACCAGCUAUCGGGAGUGUAGAAUUGGCUACUGAAAUCCUUCUAGAAAUGAAAAAUUUCGAAUUUUUGUAUAGCUGAUUCACGGCUGGCUUGAGUCAUUGAAAAAGGGUCCUGAAACGAUAAUGCACGAGAUAGUGUCUGGCUCGUGGAGAGCGCAGACAGGACACGUUAGCGUCCCAAGCUGUCCGUGAACCAGCUAUAAGAAGAAAAAAAUUGGUAUAGUCCGUUCAAAUUUUGAAUUUCAAGUGGAAUGACGUCAUUCGAAAACGCUCUCUGAUUGGUUAAUCGCGUCAUUAGGGGGCGGAGCUUGAGCGAAGACUUGACAUUUAAAAUCUGAACAGACUAUAGGAGUCGAUUUUCUCUGAAAUCUUCCAACCAAGAACCAUUUUUCUGCAGAUCGUGUCCCCAGCCAAACACGCCCAGCGACCCCUCCUCCAACAAGAGACUCAAGCUGGAGGAGGACAACGACGGCGAGCUGGAGAUCGACGUCCAGAACGACGACGUCGGCGGCAGCGCCCAACCCUCGGGCAACAUGACCAAUGGCGGGCCCGGCAGCGCCCAAGCCUCCAAGAAAGCCGACGGCCGGGAAAGUACGAACAGUGUCGCGUCGAGUGGGCCGAGUACGCCGGGCGCCGCGGCCAAGGCGCCACGGAAUCCACUGGAACAGAUGGCCUUGAGCGGGAUGUUUGCCGGAAUGGGUCGGUUUUUCUGAUGAAUAUUUUGUCUUGCAUCAAAAUUCGUAUUUUUUCUAACUGAUACGAUUUUACGGAGUAAUUAUUUAUUAAAAAAAGGUGUGAUAUCGUGAUUUUUUUGUCCAUUUUUGCUUGAAAAUCAAAAUUUUAUUCGUUUUUUGUGGAUUUUAUACGAAUUUUCGAAGUAUUUACCUAUUGAAAACGGUGUGAUACCGUGAUUUUCUGUCAUUUUUUUCUCGAAAAUUGCGAUUUUGUCUAUUUUUUCGAACUGAUACGAUUUUUUUAAGUUUUUUUAUCUUAAUAGAAAAAAACGGUAAUCUUGUAUUUUUUGUCAUUUUUGCUAGAAAAUUUGGUUUAUUUCAAAUUUUCUCAACAAUUAUUAUCAUUUUUCGGAAUAUACGUCGAUUUACAAAGCUAUUUUUUGCCAUUUCUCUUGUAAAUUUCGCUUUUUUUCAAGUUUUAUCUCGAUGCAAAAAAGUUUGAUUCGAAAAUUUCAGCCAUUUUUGUUCAAACAUUUCGAUUCUUCCCAUUUGUUUUCACAUUAUUGCCUUUCUAGGAACUUCAUGGAUUUUUAAAGGUAUAUUUCAAAAUACCUGUUGAUUUUUGAUUUUUUAGAUGAUCUUUUUUGCCAUUUUGUUGAUUUGGAAUUUUAACCUUUUUAUGAAUUUUUACGGUUUUUUUCGGAGUAUUUAUCUGAUCAAAAAUCGAUAACAUAGGUAACAUUGUGGUUUUAUUAUUUUUUUCUUCAAAAAAAUUACGAUUUUUUUCAAUUUUUUUAAAUAUUAGUGUCUUUUUUUGGAGUAUUUACCUGUUCAAAAAGAUAUAAUAACUUUUUGAUUUUUUGCCAUUUUUGCUUUAAAAAAAUUCCUUUUUUGGAACUUUAUUGAUUUCAAAAAGGUCAAACAGAAUUUGUGCAUUUUUUGAUCGAAAACCAUCAUUUUAUUACCUUUUCUAGAAGUUAGAACACUUGUGUGAUCGAAAAUACUUGCUAAUGUUGAGAAAAAAAGCGAAAAUUUACAAAUUUUCCCUCAAAAAUAUGAAAUUUUAGGAAAUUUUGGUCAUUGGCCUGUGAAAGCUUCGCACUAUCCAAACGUCCGAUUUUUUUCCCCCUCAUUUUUCCGAAUUACUUUCUUUCUCCAGACGAAAAUAGCACUUUACAUUGAAGUCAAUACACGUAAUCGAAAGUUAUUUCGGUCCAGGUCUUCAAAUUUCAAAUUUUCAAAUUUUUGUUCGAAAACUCGAGAUUCAAGUCCCUUUUUUUUUGAUCGUUUUGCUUUGAAAUUGGAGAAAUUCAGUAUUUUUGCAAAACUGAAGGGAAAUUUGGGUCUCGGAAACAGUGAUGGAAACAAAAAUUUUGGAACGAAAUUCGAAUAAAAGUGCUCUGAAACUGUUUUCAUGUAUAAUAUUCACAAAAAAUUGGAAUUUUCAUGAUUUUUUGCGCGAAAUUUCAUGUUUCACAUUUAAAAUGAGACAGUGACACGAAAUCAAUAAAUUUUUUCAAUUUUUCCGAAAAUUUGUUCGAAAGCUUGAUUGAACUGUCCUUUUUUCAAAUUCUAGCUGCGAAAAUUCAAUUUUUCGCCUAAAUUUUUGGUUUUUUUGUACCAAAAUGCAAAUAAACGUGCGCCGAAAACCGAUUUCGUGCAUAAUAUUCACUUGAAAAAAACGUUUCAAAAUUCACAAAUUUCCCAAAAAAAUUUGAAUUUUUGAGCCCUAAAUAUUGCGAAAAGUUUCACUGGCGAAUUUUUUUAGUAAUUUUGGAAUUUUUUUCGAUUUUUUUGUCUUAGGUUUCUUCAAAAAAAGACAUUUCACUUUAAAUUUGGAUGAUUUAACUUAUUUUUUUCUGGUUUUUUUAAAAUUAGCUUCAUUUUUUUAGCGAUUUCACUGCAUAUAUUUGUUCCAAAAAAAUUUUUUUGAAAAUCCGAUUUAUCCUCCAAAAAAAUCAGAAUUUUUAAUCAAGUGAAAAAUCUCUCAUUUGGCAAUUACUCAUACUUUCUUAGAAGGAAAACCAAAAAAAUAUAAUCAGAAUUUCGAAAAAAAUAUGACUCACUUUGGAUGUUUUGAUAAAUAAAAAUUUUCCAAGCGGAAAAAUUUGAUUGGUAUUUUCAAAAAUGGUGACUCAGUAGUCUCAUUGAGAUAUUUUAAUUAAGAAAAACCUUCCAAAAAGGAAAAUCUAAUGAGAAAAUUUGAAAACAAGGGCGUAAAGUGCAGACUUUUUGAGUUGGCGCGCUCGAGCGGACGCCGAUGAGUAGGAGAUGAAUCAUUUUGGCGUCCUGGCCAUCGAGGCGUCUUCAAAUUCUCGCUCUCGUCGUUUUUAGCGCUAUAAAUGUGUCUCGAAACUAGGAAAAAUGCUCCAAAAUCGAUCAUUUGGAGCAUUUUUCCGAUUUCCAGGUUUUUUUUUCCUGUUUAAAUCUCGCCAUUUUGCAUCUUGUUGUUCAGAUGUUGGACGUUUGGAUAGUUCGAGCAUUUUUAGACUGCUUUCUGUUCCGAAAAAUCAAGAAAAAAUUCAAUUAGGCGAGGAAUAAUGAAAUGGUCGCACUAUACAAGCGUCCGCUUUUUUUUUGCAAUCUAGAUUUUCCUAUUAAGGUUCGAAAGUUGAAAUAAAGACCUUAAUUUCGAAAAGAAUCGAAAUUUUUAUUUUUCAAAAAUCAGCCAUUUUUUAUGGACUUCAAAAUGUUGAGAUAAUAAUUCAAAAUCGGAAAUUUGAAUUAGAAUGCUAUCAAUUUUCAAAAAUACGCGAAAAUUUUGGCCCAAAAGUUCGAAAUCUAAUUUUCGCGGGUUUUUAUCCGUGGAGCACAUUUUACCGGAUUUUUGGGCCUUUUUUAUUUUUAAAUUUAAAAAAAAGGCUCAAAUUAAUAAUGAUUUUUAGUCGAAUUUUCGUAAGUCAGAACCUUUUUUCGAUUUCUAAGAAUUUUUUUAUACCAUUUUUUUCCCGUUUUCCAGGCGGAAAUCCUCUAGCGGCACUCAACUCACGCAACCCAAUGUCAAUGUUCGGCGAUCCACAUGCACAGGUAAAUUUUAAUCACAGGUGGAAUAUUUUAGAUGUAUUUGCAGUUUCAAAAAAACAUUUUUUUAAAUGCGCAAAAUUGUCGUAAUACUGAUCAAAUUAGUGGAAUCAUUAAAAAUUCAAACUUCUUUAUUUUUAAAAAUAGUUUUAUUUACUGUUUCAAGUUUUCAAGCUUGUAGGAGAAGCUCGAGAUUUUGAGAAUAGGGAAUUUUCGAUGAUUUUUUUUUUCAUUUUCCCAGAAUUUUCAGCUUCUCAACCAAAAAGACGAGAUGAAAAACUUUUUCCUAAAAAAUCGAAUUUUGAGCGAUUUGAAAGCUUUUGAAACGGUUUAGAGUGACAGAAAAAGCAUUUUUUCGUUUUCUCUUAAGACAUUUUUCCAUAAAUUCUCGAUUGUUCAUUGAUUUCAGUAAGAAAACUAGUGUUUGAGGGGGUUUAGUUGGGUGAAACGAAGCUAAUUUCAAGCAAAAAAGGUUCAUUCCCUUCAAUUUUUCUUCAUAUUUCUCUUCUAUUGACCUUACUCCAUCUUUUCGAUUCCCUCAUUAGGUUAAUUAUGGCUCAAAAGUAUUGAAACCAUAUUUAAUGACACUUUUUUUUUUCCUUGUGCAUUUUUUCACAUAGGAACGUUUUUCUAGUCUUGAAAAAAUCAAAAAAUGAAAGAAUACAUCUUAUUUUUCUAAAGAAAUAUUCUGGAUACUCAAAUAUUUCUUCAACAUUCAGCUUUUUAAAUUUUCGGUCGCAUUUGGAAUGGCUAAAGCGUUUCGGCGCUGAAUUCUAAGCCGUGAAAAUAAUUGUUAUGAUUUUCGAAUGAAAAGAGGCGCAAGUCGUUUUUGGUCGGAUGCAGAUUUGACAUGAAGUCUGUUAAGAUGAGCCAUUCCAAAUGCGACCUUUGAGCUCUCUGUUCCAUCCUAAAUCAUUAUUAUGAAGCACUCGUUGUUCAUGUUAUGUAGUUUCAAAUAAAGGCUAGCGGAAGUCGUUUUUGGUCGGGCGCAGCUUUGACAUGGCGUCUGUUGAAAUGAACCAUUCCAAACGCGACCUUUGAGUUUUUAUUUCAUUUUUUAUCGAUAAUAUUCAUUGAGUACUUAUCGCUCCAGUUGUAAGCUGUCAAAUAAAGGCUAGUGGAAGCCGUUUUUGGUCGGCUGCAGUUUUGACAUGAUAUAUGUUAAGAUGAGCCAUUUCAAAUGCGACCGUUGAGCUUUCAUUUGAAUUUCGAUCUAUAGUAAUUAUUGAGUACUCGUCACUCCAGUUGUAAGCUGUCAAAUAAAGACAUGCGCAAGUCGUUUUGGGUCGGGUGCGGAUUUGGCAUGACGUCUGUUAAGAUUAGCCAUUCCGAACGCGACCUUUAAGGUCUCCAUAAGAAAUAAUCACCAUUCCUGUUAGAAGAUUCGAAAAAAAAGCAUGCGCAAGUCGUUUUUGGUCGGACAGCUGCAAUGAUCCAUUCCAAAUGCGACUUUUCGACUUUCAAUUCAACUUUGAUCGAUAAUAAUUAUUGAGUACUCUUCACUCCAGUUAUAAGAUUUCAAAUAAAGGUACGCGUAAGUCGUAUUUGGUCGGGUGCAAAUUUGACAAGGCGGCUGUUGGAUUCAGCCAUUCCAAAUGCGACCUUUCGGCUUUUUAUUUCAAUUUUUUCAGGCGAGAUUAGCAGCGGCGAUGAGCAGCGGAAUGUUGUCAGCAGGCGGGAAACCGUCGUACUCCUUCCGGACCGGCGAAAACGGACAAAUGCAACCGACGAUCUUCCCUCCGGACGCUCAAACUGGACCCAAUAUUCCUAGGUAUGAGGGGAAGAGGAUUGAUUUUUGAAACUGUGACAGUUUCGGCAGAAAAUGGAGCUUUUGAUUCUAAAAAGGAAAGUGUGCUCUAGCGAAGAGAGCAUUUUAUUGGCUAGCCACGCCCCUUUUUGCAUUAAAGUUUCAGAAGAUUUCAGUGAAUGAACUAUAUUUCAAGUUGAAUAAAUGAUUGCGAAUUUUCAUUCUUUCUUCCUUUUUAAAGUUGUGAGCUUCUGAUUGGCUGGCCACGCCCAUUUUUCAUGAAAUUUUCAAAACGUCACAAUGAAUGGACUAUAUUUUCAGUUGAAUAAAUGACGGCGAAUUUUCAAUAUUUAUUUCCUCUUUAGAGUGAUUUUUGAAGUUGUGAGCUCUUAAAUGGCUGGCCACGCCCCUAUUUUGAAUGCAUUUUUUUAGAAGAUUACUUUUUAGACGAAAUUUUUCGAUUUUUUUCGAUUUUUUUCGAGGCCCUACAAAAAAAUUAAGUAGUACUGUAAAUGAACUAUAAUUCUCAAAUUUUGAAUUUAGUUUAUUUAAACUGUUUUCUUUUUUCAACCUCGAAUCUCACUUAUUUGCGAAAAUAAAAAAAAAAUCGAAUUCGACAAGCUAAAAAUAAAUAAAAUCAAUUAUUUUCUCAGAUCAAUGCGGAAAAUGGCCGAGUUGCCGCAUGGAGAAGUCGUCUGCGCCGUCACGAUAUCCAAAGACAACUCCAAAGUCUACACCGGCGGAAAGGGAUGCGUUAAGGUGAAUUUGGAAAAAAAAAUAAUGAACUUCUGCUUUUUUGAUCCAUUCCCACAAUUUUUUAAAGCAAUCGGCCGUUUUUUCCAGGUCUGGGACAUCCGCGACACUGAAACGGCAAGUACGAGUAACGGAAGACUGAGUGCGACUCCCCUGUCGCCAAGGAGGGCAAUCCAAUCUCUAGACUGCUUGAAGGUGAUUUUUCAGAGUCGAUUUUCACCUGGAAAAUUAGGGUGUUUAGGAUUUUCUGUAAAGAUUUGACCAGAAAAUUGGUUUUGAACGGAAAAAUUGGGAUUUUUUCCAGUAAAGUUCACAAAAUUCUGUGUUUGAGCCGAAAAAAAAAGGAUUUUCUCAAAAUUUAGUGAGAUUUUUUCCUGAAAAAUAGGAUUUUUGAGGUUUUUCUGUGAAGAUUUUACCUUGAAAGUUGGUUUUAAACGGAAAAAUUGGGACUUUUCCCGAGGAAGAUCACAAAAUUCUGUUUUUAAGCUGGAAAGAAAAAAAACUAACUCAGUUUUGAGUUUCAGGGCGGUUUUAUCUGAUUCUAUGAAGUUUUUCGAAGAUAAUUAUUCGCGUGUCACAAAAAAAUAUUUUCAUUUCAAUCCAAAAAAAUGUGAUUCCCAAGGUUUUUUUCGGUGAAGAUUUGACCUUGAAAAUUGGCUUUGAACGAAAAAAAUUGGGACUUUUUUUCCAAGAAAGAUCACAAAAAUUCUGAUUUUUUUAGCUGGAAAGAUGAAGAUUUUCAUUAAGAGAUACUCAAUUUUUUUACCUGAAAAAAAUGUGAAUUUUAAUGUUUUUUUCUAAAAAAAUAUUUUACCUGAAAAUAGGCUUUGAACUGAAAAAAAUCGGGACUUAUUCCAAGGAAGAUCAGGAAAUUUUUAAUUUUUUUGAGCUGGAAAGAAAAACUAACUCAGUUUUUGAGUUUCAGGACUCUUUUAUUUGAUUCUAUGAAGUUUUUCGAAGAUAAUUAUUCGCGUGUCACAAAAAAAUAUUUUUCAUUUCAAUCCAAAAAAAUGUAAUUCCUAAGGUUUUUUUCUGUGAAGAUUUGACCUUGAAAAUUGGCUUUGAACGAAAAAAUUGGGACUUUUUCCAAGAAAGAUCACAAAAUUCUGAUUUUUGAGUUGGAAGAUGAAGAUUUUCCUUAAGAGAUACUCAAUUUUUACCGGAAAAUGUGAAUUUUAAGGUUUUCCGUGAAGAUUUGACCCUAAAGUUGGUCUUAAGCUGAAAAAUCGGGACUUUUUCCGAGGAAGAUUAGAAAAUUUUAAUUUUUGAGCUGGAAAGAAAAAAAACUAACUCAGUUUUGAGUUUCAGGGCGGUUUUAUUUCAUCCUAUGAAUUUUUUUCGAAGAUAAUUAUUCAGAGAUAAAAUUUAAUUUCAAUCCGAAAAAAUGGGAUUUCCAAGGUUUUCCUGUGAAGAUUUGAACGGAAAAUUGGUUUUAAGCUUAAAAUUUUGUGACUUUUUUCAGAGAAACUCGCAAAAUUCUGAUUUUUGAGCUGAAAAGUAAAAUGACUAACCCAAUUUGGAGUUUCAGGACUGCUAUAUCCGGUCCUGCAAACUGUUCGAAGACGGCGAAACGCUGCUGGUCGGCGGAGAAACGAGCAAAAUCGUCCUCUGGGAUUUGAAGGUACGAUCACACCACAUAGAAGCACCCCCGUGUGGGGGAUUUCUCCAAGGCGCGCCCGACUAGAAACUACUUACGCUUUGGAGCUGAAAAAGUGUUUAAAAAAUCGCUAAUUUUCAAUUUUCGACAUUUAUUAAGACUUAAACUUGAAUUUGAAGGGAAGGAAGUAUUUUUUAAAGUGCGUCCGACUAGAAACUACUUUCGCCCUGAUCCAAGAAAAUUAUUAGAAAAUGUUCAAUUUUCGACAUUUACUGAGACUUUUGAGCUUGAUCUUGAAGUAGAGGAAGUUUUCCCAAGGCGCGCCCGACUAGAAACUACUUACGCCUUGGAGCUGAACAAGUGUUAGAAAAAUCGCUAGUUUUCAUUUUUUCGACUGUGGUUUUUGAGCUUCAUAAAGUCUGAAGAAUCUAUCAGAAUCCGGGAUAAAAAUUUGUUUUUGCAGUCGGAAUCGGUGAAGCUGGAACUAGACCCGGCCUCCCAGGCGUGCUACGCGUUGGCCUUGUCCGCCGACGAGAAACUUCUCUUCGCCUGCUGCGCCGACGGAAACAUCCUCAUCUAUGAUCUGGCGUCGAAAGAAAGGGUUAGUUUCGAGAGAGAAAAGGCCGUAGCGCAACGGGUUGUGUGCCUGCCUAUGGUUCAAAGGGUCUCAGGUUCGGUCCCCGUCGCGGCGUAACUAAGUAGAUUGUAGAAAAAAAUCUGAUUUUUUUCAGGAAACUUUCUUUCUCUUUGAAAAAAAGGUACAGAUCUUAGUUUCACCCACCCCCCAUUUUUUUGAAUUUUUUUGGAAACUUGAAAUUCCCCCGCCCCUCGAAUAAAAAGAAAAAAAGGAGUUAUAGAAAAAAAUCAUAAUUAUUUCAAGUCGAAAAAAAUGCACGAAAAAUCCCCCUCAUGUGAAGGUAUUUUUCGUAUUUUUUUCAAGAAUGAACCAAUUUUUUUGGAUUUUUGUGAAACUUGGAACUCCCUCCCCCUUUCGAAUAAAGGAAAAAAAGAAAGAGUUAUAGAAAAAAAUCUCAAUGAUUCCCAGACGAAAAAUGAACGAAAUUUCCCCCCUCCUCCCUCAUGUGAGGGUAUUUUUCAGAAAGGAACCAUAUUUUUUGAUUUUUUCGAGUUCUGGAAGCAUUCUGGAUCUUUAUGAGGCCUCCAUACUGUUUCCAAAAUAAAUUGUUUCCUAUCGAUUGAUUUUUUUUUUCCAGGUAGCCCAGUUACCUGGCCACCAGGACGGCGCCUCCUGCAUCGACCUGUCCGGCGACGGCCUUCGUCUCUGGUCCGGCGGCCUCGAUAAUUCGGUCCGAUCCUGGGACUUGAGGGAGAGAACUCAGCUCUCGGUGGGUUUCAUUUUAUCAAAAUCAUUUUUACUGUAACUACGGUCUCUGUUGACACUGCUGCCCUACUUCCCUUAAGCGCCCCCCUUUAUGAUAAACCGCGCCUUCGUUUGCAAAUUUGGCGCGCACUCUUUGCCUAACAUCCAUUAGAGCCGAAUUUUGGCUUUUUCCGGAGAAAUAUAUGAGUUAUGAAAUGAUUGGAACUGUAGUUUUGAUUGUUUAAAAAAGUUCUCGCUCUCCCAAAAGUUUUUACUGUAACUACGGUCACUUUUGACACUACUGCCCUUAUUUCCCUUAAGUGCCCCCUUUUAAGAUAAACCGCGCCCCACUUGCAAAUUUUUGCGCGCACUCUUUGCUAAAUCAUUUUUACUGUAACUACGGUCUUUGAUUACACUGCUGCCCUUAGUUCCCUUGAAGUGCUUGCCUGAGAGAUAAACCGCGCCCCACUUGCAAAUUUUGCGCGCACUCUUUGCCUAACAUCCAUUAGAGCCGAAUUUUUGCUUUUUUCGAAGAUUUGAAAAAAUCUUGCUCUCCCUGAAAAUUUCACUCUGACUACGGUCUCUCUUUACACUGCUGCCUUUGAUUCCUUUCAGUGUCUGUUUUUGGAUAAACCGCGCCCCAUUUGCAACUUUGGCGCGCACUCUUUGCCUAACAUCCUUAGGAGCCGAUUUUUUUCCACUUUUUUUCUACAAAUUGAUAGUUUUUUUCCGUAUGUUUUUUUAAACAUAGAUAAAUUUUUCCUUAUAGUUAAAAGGGAUUUUUUUGGAUUUUUGAAAAAAAAUACGAACAUUUAUUGAACUUUUUCAGCUUUUUUUAAGGUUGAAAUUUGAUCAAUUUUAAUUUUUUCGAGUCAAAAAAAUUUGGAAAAUCAAACAAAUUUUUCAGAAAAGUUUGAAUUUUUUUGUUCAUUUCCUGUUUUUUUCUGAGUGAAUUAUUGAUAGGGGACUUGAAAAAAAAAUUUUUUUAAUUUUCCCCGCUUUUUGUUCAUUUUUUUGAGAGUUAUAACAUAUUUUUUGUACAAGUGAUAUUUUUGCAGAAGCACGAAUUCUCGAGCCAAAUCUUCAGUUUGGGAUGCUGCCCGACGGAGGAUUGGGUCUCGGUUGGAAUGGAGAAUAAUAAUGUCGAGGUUUUCCUCAUUCCAAUGGAAAAUAUACUCAUUUUUCGUCUUUUUUCCAGGUUCUUUCCAUGAAUCGACCCGAGAAAUACACCCUCCAUCAGCACGAAUCUUGUGUGUUGUCUUUAAAGUACGCGCAUUCCGGCAAAUGGUUCGUCUCCACUGGAAAGGUCGGUUUUGAAGAAGAAAAAUGGAAAAUUUCAGGGAAAAUUUGUGUUUUUUGCUCUUUUUUCAUGUAUUUUAGGAACAUAGAUUCGUUUAAAUUUAUUAAAAUAUCCUUAUUUUCAAUCUUGAUACUGUAGUACCACAUAAAAUUACUCGAAAACGGGAAAAUUUGAGAUUUUUGCUGAUUUUUCAAUCAUUUUUGGACCUUUUUUGAAUGAAAUUUUUUUUAAUUAUUUUAUUUUUAAGCCUUGAGAUUAUGUUACCUCACUGAAAUCCUUUAAAAAAACGGGAAAAAUUUGAGAUUUUUUUGCUGAUUUUUUUAAUGCAUUUUUUUAGACCUAAUUCUUAAAAAUAGUCAUUUUUCUCUGCAUUUUUGAGCAUCUAACCUAAAAACUUUUAUACCUUUUGCCGAAAAUUUCUACUUUAUGCUGUCCUUUAAGCUUAAAACUUGACAAAAAACGAAAAUCUCGAGAAAAAUGUGGAAAGAAAUAAGUCAUUUCACUUUUUCGUUGGGAUUUUUCUGAAAAUUGGCCGGAUUUCUUCUAGAGAUACCUAUUGAAGAUUCUGAAAGUCUCAACCUCUGAAACUUGCUAGUUUUUGGAAAAAGAUCACCUCAAAGUUGAAAAAAUCCGUAAAAAUAGGCCAUUUUGUGGCUUUGAGCUCUUAUUGUUCGAAAAAUAGGUAGUUUUAUAGUUUGAAAUUUUCAGAAUACUAGUCUGGUACUUUCAGGGAUGUUCUGGCCGAUUUUUGAAAAAUUCCCAGCUAAAAGUUAAAUUCCCCCCGGGCCCAAAAAUGGCCCAUUUUUACGGAUUUCGAAGGCUUUUUUUCAGCUUCAGGUGUUUCAAAAAAACUAGUUCAAGUUGAGCCGGUUGAGGCUUUCAUGAUCUACACCACGUUAAUCUAGGAAUCUUCUGGCCAACCCCCCGCUCAAAAAAACUUUCAAAAUUGACCAAUUUUUCUGCAGGACAACGCGUUGAACGCCCCCCGCUAAAAAAAACUUUCAAAAUUGACCGAUUUUUCUGCAGGACAACGCGUUGAACGCCUGGCGGACACCCUACGGAGCCCUCCUGAUGCAGCUGAAAGAAUCGAGCUCGGUCCUUUCCUGCGAUAUCGCGUUCGACGACUCGAUCAUCGUGACGGGCUCCGGCGAAAAGAAGGCCACCGUCUACGAAGUUCAAUACUCGAAAUGA